UUUACUUAGCCCUUUGUUAUGUGUUAACGAGGUGUGCGUAGACAUCUUAUCCUUAUGAUUAUGACAAUCAACACAGAGAAAUAUUUUAUGAAAAUGUUAUAAUAGAUUAAUACAUAACAAAGGCAAUGCCCUGCGAUGAAACUGACCUUAUGAUCAACAAAGUGUGGAGAAAAACAGAGGUACCGACGCAUUGAGCGAAGUUGGACGAAUAUGUUCAAUUUUAUUGAUUGAAUUUUCUAAUAUAAAACAGGUGGAAUAGAACUUUGAAAUGGAUGUUUCCUUUUGCAUUUUAUUUUUUAAAUUUGGCGAGUGAAACGACCGAGUAAUAUGUUAUUGGAAGAAAGCAAAGUCCGAGUCAGAGUAGAUGGAAAUGUAGACUUGGUCUUAGCCUCUGGUCAUUAGUCCUAACAAACAAACAGCGUUACUGUCUCUGUUCUGAAACCGCGUUUAUUAUAUUAUAUUAGCUUUUGCUUUUGGCCUUUCAUCUCAGCACGCUUCUCUAAUCACUUCUCCCACCAUGAGAUUAUUGAGUUCUGCUACUCUUUCCCAUGGCUUUUCUCCUUAGCCUCAGCCACUUCUUCAUCUCCUUGUGUUUCCUUUCUUGUCUUUCAAUCAUAAACGCACUCUCAACCGUUUCCAUUUCGGAGACUUCCACCCAAACAUUUAUUUGUGUCUUGCAACAUUCAAACCAACAAGGACAAUCAAAUCUCAACUGUACUAGCUUCCCUCCGGCUAUUGGACUCCAACUGAACCCCAAUAUUUCCUACUCGGAGAUUGUGGGUGGCAACGGGUUUCUAUGUGCAUUAAGGCCACCAUCUUCUUCUGGCUCCAUCAUGGGCUGUUGGAGAUUCUCUGCCAAUGCCACCAAUGUUCCCUACAAGCGUAUCUACCGUGGACCCGUUAUUCAAGACAUUGAUGCUGGCAGUUCUCACGUUUGUGGUCUUGUAAACAGAACUAACGGCCUUGGCCUAGAGUGUUGGCAAUGGAAUGGCUUCAAUUCAAGCACUAGCAUGAACAUGUCAAUGUUAAGCAUUGCUGUGGGAGAGAAUUUCGUGUGUGGGUUAUCACAAACGGGGGAUGUUACUUGCAUAGGCACUAAUAGUAGAGUUGUUGGGCAUGGGCCUACGCCUGGUGGAAAUUACUCGGUAGUUGCAGCUGGGUUUAGGCAUGCUUGUGCCAUCUCUCGUUAUGGUAGUUUGGAUUGUUGGGGAGAGGUAGAGGGCGAGAAGCCACAGGGGAGGUUCGUUUCCUUGGCGUUGGGGGAGAACAGAAGUUGUGCACUUGGCUCUGAUAGAAGAGUUGCUUGUUGGGGAUCCAAUAACUUCAGCAUGCCACAGAGUUUGCAAGACACCUUUUUUGAAUCAAUUGUAGCAAAGCGAAGUGUUUUCUGUGGAGUUGUGUCUUCAAACUAUUCCUUGCUUUGUUGGGGUACUGAAAUGUUUGAGUCAAAUAGGAAGGUGUUUGAUAAUGUCUUCCCAGGACCUUGUAGGAAUGAGUGUCGCUGUGGACCCUUGUCAAACUCUGCCAAACUCUGUGACUCUCCUUCCAUCAUUUGCCAGCCUUGUCCCCCCGUGUUUGAAUCUCCAUUGCAGCCACCACAGUCAUCAUCACCACCACCACCACCACCCCCCCCCCAAAAAGAAGCAUCAGAGAGUGGUUGGAGCAACAAAAUGGUGGCAUUUCUAGUUGUUGGAAUCGUGGGUUGCAUUAUCUUCUUCCUCGUCUUGGCUUUCUUCCUUUACAGGCACUGCAACUGCAAAAACCGAGGAAGCCGCGUGCAUGACUCUGGGCCAUUGGACGAGCCAGAAGCUGAAGCUGCGGCUCGAGUUCUUCAAAAGCGGUUGAGCCAUGUAAUCAGCAUGGGAAAUGGCAGUUCUUUGGAGGAGUUUUCUCUGCAAGUGCUGCUUCAAGCCACCAACAAUUUCUCAGAAGAGAACAAAAUUGGAAUAGGUAGCUUUGGUUCAGUGUAUCAUGCCACGCUCGAAGAUGGGAAGGAGGUUGCUAUCAAGAGAGCUGAAGUCUCCUCCACCUCCUAUGCAGUUGUGGGCGGCCAACAAGACAAAGACAAUGCCUUUGUGAACGAACUUGAGUCUCUUUCAAGACUCCACCACAAGAACCUGGUCAUGCUGUUGGGUUUCUAUGAGGACACCAAAGAGCGCAUUUUGGUGUACGAGUACAUGAACAAUGGUAGCCUCAGUGAUCAUCUUCACAAGCUCCAAAGUUCAGCUCUCAUGUCAUGGCCACUUCGCAUAAAGGUAGCUUUAGAUGCUGCCAGAGGCAUUGAGUAUCUACACAACUACGCCACUCCACCAAUCAUUCACCGUGACAUCAAAUCUGCCAACAUAUUAUUGGACGCCAGAUGGACGGCCAAAGUCUCUGAUUUUGGGCUCUCUCUGAUGGGCCCUCAUCCCGAAGAUGAUCAUUCACACCUUUCACUUCUUGCUGCUGGCACCGUUGGCUACAUGGAUCCUGAAUACUAUAGGCUUCAACAUUUGACUCCCAAGACUGACGUGUACAGCUUUGGCGUUGUUUUGCUAGAGCUUCUUUCUGGCCACAAAGCCAUCCAUAAAAACGAAAAUGGGGUGCCCAGAAAUGUGGUGGACUUUGUGGUACCCCGCAUUGUUCAAGAUGAAAUUCAUAGGGUGUUGGAUCCAAGAAUGCCACCACCCUCACCCUUUGAGAUAGAGGCCGUGGCGUUUGUGGGUUAUUUGGCAGUAGAUUGCGUUAGGCUAGAAGGUAGAGAGAGACCAACUAUGUCUCAGGUUGUAAAUAACUUGGAAAGAGCAUUAGAUGCAUGCUUGGCCCAACCAACACUGUCAAGGUCCACUACUGCUGCUUCUUUUGACUAGUUCACCAAAUUUCCUUACGCUUAAGGCCUUCCCAUUCGGCUCCCUGGAUUAUGAAACGGUCAACUUUUGUACAUUAUUAUACCACUUUUCUUUCUCCAUUUUUUGUUAGUACUAAUUUCCAUGUCACAUCUUAUUCUAGAGAGGAGUCAAUUACUAACCCGGUCCCAUUUUUGUUUUAUUUUGAAUUUCUAGGGACCAAACAGUGUAUUAUAAAUUGAUUCUGAAAAACCCAGAAAGGAAUAAAAAAAACAGUGUGUAAUGAAUCGGAAUCGUACCUUUUUUUUUCUAUUUUUUUGUAACUACUACUACUUGCUAUUAGGUCAGUGUUUCAUUUCUUUCUUCUCGAGACAAAGUCAUAUUUAGAAAUUUUUGAAUAAGAUCUGCAACAAACCAAAAUAUAUGUACUGUUCAACUUCGAACUUC